AUGGUGGUUGUCAUGGUAGAUUUCACCAACGAGGUUCUGCAGCAUUUGACGCCCCUGUCCUCAAGAGAAGAGCUGGAGGCAGCACAUGCCUUCGAUGUCUUGGAGUCUUACCUGGUCCCGGCGGGAGACGAGCUUGUUGCAAAAGCUCUCACCUGGAUUGCAGUUUUACUCAGCAGAGUCUUCAACGCGCACAAAAAUGAAACCACCGAUCGACAAAUCGGGGACAAGCGUCCAGUUUGGCAGGGGAUUGUCAUUGAUGACUUCUUUGCGAUAUCCCUUGAAGAUGCUAGAUUGCCUUCCUGCAGUGCGGCCUCAGUUGACGUAUAUGCCAAGGAGAAGGUGUUGGGGUCAGAUGACAAGACGGUCAGAGGAGCAGAGGCUUUCAAGGUUGUAGGAGCAGAGGUGCUGUCUGAUGAGCAAGCCCGCAGAUGCAAUGGCACUUUCAUCAGCGCUCCUGCUGCAAAGAGGCUUCCUAUGAUCUGCCUGGCUCUUGCUGCAGCCAGAUUGCCUUGCAUCAGCAAAUCCCUUGCGGCGAGGAGGGUUGCUGAGGAGCUGGCUUUGAAAUUUCACUGCGUUGCUGAGGUGCAGGAUUUCAGAUUUGAUGCUGUUGAGAUAUGUGGUGGAUCUGGCGUGUUGUCAGCGGCUCUGAUCAAAGAGGGCUUGGCAGCCUGCACGCCAAUUGACCUCUCUAGGCACACAUUGACCCGUGUGCCUUUGGAUCGCCCCAUCACAAGCCCUUUCGACUGCUGGGGCAUGGAUUUGACGUUGACUCUCUCGUCUACUGGUGGUCACAAGCACGUCCGCAUAGAGGGCAAGUUCACCAAAGCUAGCGCAGCAUACCACCCAAAUCUUGCAGCCUUCAUUGCCAAGAAGAUUGCCCAGCGUCUGAAGAUGAGAAACACAGAUGGUGAGAAGGAGGGAACAAAGCUCGAGAGCGUUGUCUUGAACGACUUGCUGCAAAGUCCUGGUUGGAAAGUUGAAAGUGGCUGGUUCUGGAAAAAGCAUGUCCAUAUCAACAUCCUUGGAAGGCAGAUCCUAGGUUGGACUUUACAGGUUUUUGCUCUUGAAAGGCGGAGACAGGAGGUUCACAGCCCUGAUGGACUCAAGGGUCGCCAAGCGAGCAAUUGCCAAGGGCCGCUCCGCUGCCAGAGCACUCCGCCCUACAUUGCUCCGCUGAACACAGCUGACGCUCCGACACGUGAAACGCCUUUAUCCAUGCAAUGGAGCUGCUCCAUUUUGGAUUUUUGCUCUCUUGGUCAGCCAGUCAAGGAGAAGCACCACGUCAUCAGGCUCUAUGCGCGACGACUGAUGCCUGGUGGAGAUGGCACCUACUGCGUCAACACGGUGACGGGCGAAACUACCUUGACGGAGCCUUUGCUGAGCUCGGGGACCACCACACCGUUGGGUGCCUUCAUGGUGGCCCAGACCCCCAUCGCCGCUGGUGCCAUGACGCCCGCGGGCACGCCCGCGCACCCCCGCGCACCCGGCACCCAGCACGCCCAUGCGGAACCCCUCCACACCAGCGCCCAUCCCUUUGCCGGAAGGGUGGACGCAGAUCACGCAGGGAGCUUUGGCACCGAUGCUUCCAGCAAUUCGCCCUUUCCAGCCUCCUCGCUGGUCGCAGACGUGCGCGGGGAUGUCACCGAGGAGAUGGAUCGGGAGAUUUGCAAGCAUGUCUUCCGCAUCCAAGGGGCCGUGUCGGCCAAUAACUUCAUCCAGUUGCCUGCUAGGAAGGUGAAAUCCAUGGGACUCACAGGGGAAUACGUCUACCUCUUAGUGAAGCCUUUGGAACUGAAGUUCUUUCUGGUUCACUUGGAUUUUGUUGUGAGCAGCGGCAAUCGUCUCCGUAUCUCCUUAAGCAACCUCUAUGAAGAGGUGAAGAUUGGGCAUCACUGCAUCCAAUGCCCUUGCAAACUUCCAGAUUCUUGGACCGUGGUUCGGCUCCACGUGCCCUCCAUCCUCCGCCUGGGCAAUCUGUUGCCGCAUGGCUUCGUCCUCCGCUCCCUGCAGCUCUGCGCCUCCCUGCGGGUGCGGGGUGCCUUCACCUCGGAUCGCCGCUAUUCUCCACCAGAUGCACCUCGAGACUUAGCGCCGGGCGCGGCCAACUGGCAGUGGAUGGACGCACCGUUGCGGGUGGAGGCCGUCGUGCCCAAGAACGGCGAAAAGAGCAGGAUAGCAGAGGAGAUGAAAGGCAAACAUCCUACGGAAGGCACAGCAGACGCAACCCCAUUGGAGCCGGCCAGUGAGCUCGAAGAUGCCUGGCCCAAACCAUUGAUGCGCUUUUCAUCUCUGCUGGGUGCCACUCAGCCAUCCCGAAGGCUCCGAAUGGGAGGAACUUUGACCAAAGUCCCGGGCCGCUUCGCGGUGUUUGCUUCACCUGGUCCGGUGGAGGUGGUGGGCAUUGCAUCCAUGUCCCUGUCAUUCUCGUCAAUUGAUGACGGGAAGGAGCCGCGGCGACAUUUCUUCGGCCACACUCGGCCCAUUGAAGUUCUCGAAGGGUCCGAUGAUGGGCAUUGGUUGGCCUCUGUGCAGGGCACCGUCGCUGGUGUCCCAGUGCUGCGCCUCUGGCGCACGACCGGGAGAGGCCUCGACUGCACCACGAUCCAGCCCUUGAGUGCCCUUUGCAGCGUGCAGUCUGUGGCCUUCGACGGCGCCAGUCGCUUCUUGGCGGUGGCAGGGCAGGACUCACGUGAGCGGCCAAACCUGUUGGUCUUCGAUAUGAGCCGUGCCAAAGGAGGGGCCAUCAACCUCAUCGCGCAGCAGUUUGGGCCGGAUGUCACUUGCGUCAGGUUUUCACCCUUCGAAGAGCUGAAUUUGGUGAGUUGCGGCAUGGAAAACAUCCGCUUCUGGCGGGUGAAGGAGAAGCAUAUUCCGGGCUGCCUUGUGCCCCUCGGUGUGCUCGGCCGACAGACGCACUUCACCUGCCUUGGCUUCGAAUGCCGGAAGAGGGGUCACUCGUUCUUCCUGGGGGAGACCGCCUCGAAGCUCCGGGUCUUUGUCAGCACCUCUGAUGGCCGGCUGUUGCAGGUGGGCUAUCAGAGUCGAAAGGUGCUGUCCGUGCACCAGCUGCACAGCGAGGCCAUCACCUGGAUUUGUGCCAAUGACGUCUUUGUGGUCACGGCUGGCUGCGACCACUUUGUCCGUGUUUGGCCCGUGGAUUUCCAUUCCUUCUACCUCCACUCGAAGCACGAGUCCGCAGUGGUGGGCAUUGACAUCACGGCGGAUGGCCGCAAGGUCUUGUGUAGCAAUGCCGAUGGAUCCCUCGGAGUGUUGGAUGUUCGAAGCCACCAAUACAAAGAUAUUAGCAGGUCCCACAAGGCGGCUAUCCUGCAGGCAGCUGUGUCCGAAAGCUUCCAGGAAGUUGCCACCGCUGCCAGCGACGGGAGCAUCAAGGUCUGGAAAUUACCGCACUGGGAGGAAGUGCACGAAUUCCUGGUAGAUGACCAGCCGCAGACGCUGGUCUUCCACCCGCAAUCGCACUGGCUGGCGGUGUCCUUCCUGUCGGGUGCGGUGCGUAUUUUCGACGUGGAGACCCAGGCGCAGUUUCGAGAACUCCAACUGGGACGGUCUCCGGUGUUGGCCUUGCGAUUCAUAGGGGCUGAUGAACUUCAGGGGGAGCAGCUGGUGAUCUGCGAUGCGUCCGGAACACUGGCAAUCUUUGAUCAGGCCUUCAACUUGCUUCGCAGCUUCCAGUGUCCUGGAAGCUCCAGUGGCAAACCCUCCCUGAAUGCAGAACCACAGAGGCUCCUAUGGCCCGCAGGGAGUCGUUCCGCCGUGUUGCUGAACUUGUUGGACGGCCGUUCGGUCGCCAUGAUCAGUGCGUCUGAAGGGUCUAAGGUGUCAAGCUCUUCGUUCUCCUGGCAUGGGCGCUAUGCAGUGCUGGGUGGGGAGAACAAACGCAUUCACGUCUUUGAGGCGGAGGGCGGAAGUCAUGUCUUCAGCUGCGCAUGGUCCAGUAGCCCAGCGUGCGAUCUGCUGCUGCUGGAAGCUGCGAAUGGAGAGCAAUGGCAGCCAUGGAUGUUGAUGGUGGCAUCGGUCGACCGCUUGGUCAGGACCUCCCGCUUGUACAUCACGUCCACUGAGGUGGGCCUGGAGCAAACCUUUGCAGCUCAUGCCACGGCAUCUCAGCAGCUGUUGCUCUGCAGAGGCGCGGGCACAGCCCGCUGUGUCUCAGUAAGCUCCUCGGAGCUGGCCUGCUGGGAACUGUCACCGCGCAUGGCACACUUCUUUGAGCAGAAGCCACCAGUUCUGGAGGUGGAUGAGUUGCCAUCGGCGACCAUGACCCUGGCGGCGGAAGAGGAAGCCGUCAGCUUUCUGGAAAAGUUGGGAGCAGUGCCUGAGCCAACCACGGAGGCACCGCAGACACUGGAUAGCGUGGUCAGCAAUCUGGAGGAAGCCUCAGCCAUGGUGGAAGCCUUGGCCGAGGCCUCACCAGGCGCCGAGGCCGAAGCGGCCGAAGCGGCCGAAGCGGCCGAAGCGGCCGAAGCGGCCGAAGCGGCCGAAGCGGCCGAAGCGGCCGAAGCGGCCGAAGCUGGUGCCGACCUCGCCGCAAAGGUGGAUCCAACUGAGAUGAAGAUGAUGAAGACACCCCUUGACGGGCUUCCACGGCUGCAGCUUGAGUACUUCGCAAAGCUUCGCAUGCGACGUGCCGUUGAGGUACCUUGUAGCGCCUACACCAGGACCAUGCCGCUGCGACGGGACCAAGCAGGCCACGAGACGAUGAGGCGUCGGGAGCAGGGCAGUGGUUGGCGAGCGGUGGCAAGCGAUUGCACCUCGGAUGCAGCGCUGAUGCGUGCUGAUGUUCCCUUCAAUGGCCGGCAAGCUGUUGAGAUGGAGGGCCAGCGGCUCGCAGCGGUCUUUGCGUGCUCUUCGGCUAACCAGAUGCGCCUCUGCAGCUGGACCACGGCCACAGAGACCUCUACGGCCUCGGUUCCAGAGACGAUUGCCCUGACGGACUAUGGUGAUUUCGCUGGCUGCCUCCUGCGGCUCUCCGGUCAGCUGGCACUCACUGCGCCACUGGGCCCUCGUGGAGGCCGAGAGUUUCGGGUGGAUUUGUGGCGUUGCGAUGGCCUCUGGGCCAGCAGCGUCUUGGCGGAGGAGCCAUUGGAUCUGAAGGUCUUGGAAGGCAAGGAGUUUGGGGUCCUCACCUCAGCUGGCUUGACCCUCUGGCGCUUCGACGAUGAGUGCGAUGCAGACACCGCCGCAGGUGGCGACCUGGAAGACAGCUGUGCCCGCUUGCAAUUUCAAGUUGCAGAGCCACCAGCUGGGGACCUCACGCACGGCAGCUUUGUGGCAAUGGCCACACAAACAGGCCCAGAGCUCGAGGAGGAUAGGAAACAGCUGGCCUUUCUGGUUACAGCUGGAGGUAUGCUGUGGGUUCACGACGUAGAUGACAACGUCGGCAUCUCCUUGUUGCAGGUGCCAAAGGCCACAACUGGUGUCACAGCCGUGUCCUGCAGCUUUCCCUUGCUGGUUCUGGGUGUGUCAGCUUCGCUCCAUGCAGUGAAGAUAGACCUGGCUGGUGCGAUGACAACUGUGGGAGAAAUGAAGCUGGACGGUCACAUCCAAAGCCUUCGGCUGCUGCAUGAAGAACGCGGUGUGGCGGCCACAGCGGCCAACACCAUCUGGUACUUUGACGUUGCAAAGGGCAAUGUGGUGCCCCUCCAGGCGUUUCACCAGGUUUCUGGCGCCACACAUUUAGCGCGCAGCGGUGCAAGCGAGGUAUUGUGCAGCUCCAGUGGGGCCGAGUUGAGGCUGUGGCGCGAGGAGGAAGUCUUGUUGGAAGUUGCACGUCUGAGACUGGAGGCGCCCUGCGCAGCACUUCACUUUUUGCCCGAUGGACUUCUGGGCUGCGCCCUUGUGGACGGAACAGUCCUUUUCUUCGAGCUUCAGAUGUUUGGUUUGGUGUCCAGGGCAGAAGUUCCCUUGCAAAAAGGAAGCGCCGAAAGGUCCAGUCCUGAGAAGCUCACGGCUAUGGAGGUGUUGGUGAAUCCAUCGGACCUUCAACUGCUUUUUGGCACCUCCAGGGGCAGGAUCCUGCGGGGAAAGUUGCAGGGCUUCAACAAGGUUUGCCGCAUCGAUGCCGACUCCGCAGCCUUUUCCACCUUUGUGGCUGAAGACGUGGCUGCCAUAGGAGGCUAUGCAAAGGGCGGAGUCACAUGCAGCAUCUUUGCUUUGGGGGCUGAAGGCGGAGACAUGCGGAGACCGGGCGGGUGA